UCCACUAUAAACUUUAACUGCGAUUGGGCUUUUUAAGAAGUUUAGACAAGGAAAACUGCCACCAGAGAGGAAGACACGAUGGCCAGCCCUGUCGGGCCUUCUACCACUCCGUGGUCUGCAGAUCUAAGAAGGAGAACGACUGCCAUCGCUGCAUUUUUUAUCUUAUCCUGCUUUGUAAGUGAUGUUGGAGGUGUGAUUUGCAAGUUCUGUAAUCUCUCCAUCCCGUUCCAUGGAUGUGUGCUAGACUUUGGAACCUGCAGAACAAAACCUGGUCAGUACUGUAUAAAAGAGGUCCUCAUUAAAGGGGGAAUCGAAUGGUAUUCAGUUAAAGGCUGCACCGAGGACAAAUCAGAGUGCUUUAAGAGGAUUAUAAAGAAUUAUGAAAUACGCACUUCUCAUUGCUGCCACCGUCCCCUGUGCAACUUCUGAGGGAGUGGCCUAAAUCCAUGCAAUUGACUUAACCGGUCACAUCUGAAGCCUGGCCUGCUCGUCCGUCACAUGAUGGCAGCUUCUGUCUCGGGGUCAUGGUCAGAAAUUGACUUCAGCAUUCUCUAUGUCCACAGCCCAUCCCAGCAUCUCCCAAGAGCUCUGUGUUAGCUUUGUUUCUGU